UUGGUCAGAUUGUGCGUACCGCUUACAGAGUGAAAAUGGCUCCGCUACUCACUUCUUAUUCGGUGGACAAAAGUCCCAAAGUUUACGAUGAGUACAAGUUCACUCUACCGGAGUUGUAUCGUGAGAUGGCCAAGGAGGAACUCCGUGAAGAUGAUGCCGUACGUGAAAAAGCUUUGUCGGAAAUGCGCCAUUGGAUUGCAGAAAACCCGUACAUCUUCAAGUGCCGUACGGAUGCGAAGUUCUUGUUGCGAUUUCUACGCUACCGUCAGUUCUCAGUUCCCAUGGCAUGUGAGGCACUGGAGCGUUAUCUGACCGUCAGGGAGCUGUAUCCGAGCUGGUUUAAGAACCUGGACUAUACCGAUGACGUGAUGAAGCAAAUUUUCCACAACGGUCCAUUUACCUUGCUCGGUUGGGAUACUACUGGCCGGAUGGUGGGACUUUCGCGCUUCAGUAGGUUCGAUGGUGAUAACCAUAGUCCCUCGCAAGACGCUCGCUUUAUGGCGUUGGUUAUGGAGACGAUGCUCGAGAGCGAAGAGUUCCAGAUAGGUGGUUGUAACAUUCUGCUCGACUUUCAAGAUAGUACCGUGAACAACUUUGAAAAAUGGAGUACGUCGGAUUUGAAAAUCAUGAUGGAAGCGUAUAGUCACGCAUACCCAUUGAGAUAUGGAGACAUUCAUUCGGCAGCGCUACCAAAAUAUGGCGUUCCCGUCAUCGAUACAUUUUUGUCAUUCGCCAAUCCGAAGAUGCGUGAAAAAAUCAGUUGCUAUUCAACCGUUGAUGAGAUGGAAAAAUAUUUCGAAUCACCAUUAAAACCUGCGAUGUACGGUGGAACGCUGAAUUUGGAAGAAGCGAAUCGGUCUUUGUGGAAACGUUUUGAGGAAUAUCACGACGUAGUGGUCGGACUCGAUCGCAUGGAGAUCGAUAUGGAUUAUUAUUCGUCCCGCUGGAACUUUGAAGGAGCCACACCGGACGAGAUUGCAGCCGGAGCCAUGUUCAAGCGGUUGCGUAUGUGCUAAACGGUCUUUGGUUACAAUUCAUUUACUGUCACAUGUUUUGAACAUACAAUAAAUUUAUACAUCAAUUUUUUUUUUUUUCAUGUGAGCAUAAAUAUUGUUUCGAUUUGUGCAUAUAACUGAAUUAAACUGAAACUAAACAGCUCCUCU